UUUUCUUUUUACCAACCAAUAUUUAAUACAAUGUUUGAAAUGUCGUUAACUAAGGUGGGAAUAUUGUGUUUAACAUUUUCAGUUUUGUGUACACAAUGUCAUGCUUAUGUGAAUCUGGCUUUGAAUAAACCAACAUGGCAAGCAAAUCAGUAUAAAGUAGGAAACCAAUUAUUCCACUCCAGUAACGCCGUCGAUGGAUUGAAAUCGAAUCUCGAAGGGAGGGGAGGUCAAUGUGCUUUAUCAGUUGGACAAAACGGCCCUUCCACCUUUUGGGUGAACCUAGCAUCAGUCUUUAGCAUUCAUGACAUAAGGAUUUAUCUCAGAAACGAUAAUAACAAGUUAGAUACGCCUGAUCAGUUUAUGAAAAGAAAUUUAGGAUUUUAUGUUUAUGUAUCAAAUACAACCAACCAUUUAGACGGUUACCUUUGCUUCCAUGAUACAAAAUAUACCAAAUCUACGAUACCGACCAUUGUUGAUAUAUCUUGUCCAAUCCAUGGGCAGUACGUCAUCUACUAUAAUGAGAGACUUCCAGGAGUUAAAUAUCCUGAGGAUUAUUCCAGUACAGCUUUCACUGACCUUUGUAAGAUGGAGGUUUAUGGUUGCAAGACGGGAUAUUAUGGAUUUAAUUGUUCUCUCUCUUGUCCUUACAAUUGCAGACAUUGUCAUAUAGAGUCUGGAGUAUGUCUGCAUAAUAUAUACGGAUAUCAGGGACCUCAGAGAGUAUUAAGUAAGAAAGAAUAUUAAUUUCAGUAUGACAUGACACCCUGUGCUUGAUCCAUGAUAACAAGUUCUAUAUAUGUAUACAAUU